AUGUUGCGUAACAAAGUUUUGAUUAAUCUUCUAUUAGAAGAAAUAGAAGACGAAGAAAUUAUUAUUGAUCAAGUCAUGACGAAAGAAGUUCAUGAUAUGUUUCAAUCCAGAAAAAAAGAAGGAUUUUUUAGUAUCUUAAUUGAAAAACAUUUGUUUAGCGAUGAAAAAAAAUUCAGAGAAUUUUUUAGAUUAAGCUGGGAACAAUUUAACUAUGUUCUUAAUUUAAUUGAAGACGACAUAAAAUCAAAUCGCACCAACAGAGUGAGAGAGCCUAUUUCACCGGCGGAGAAAUUAGCUGUAACUUUAAGGUAA